AUGAGUCGCGCCGCGCAGACAGGAGGGGGCGGGGCCGGGGGCGGAGGGGCGGCGAGGCUCAAGGCGUCGCCGCGGGCGCUCUUCUCCUGCGGCAUUUUCAGCACCUGCACGCACCGCGCGCUAAGCCCGACGGCGACGCCCAACAACAAUGUGGUGCCGGGGAGUGGCGGCGGUGGCGGCUCGGGCACGCCCUGCGCCGAGGCGUCGUCCGCGUCGCCGGCCGCGGUGGAGGCGGCGGCGGCGGCCAUGCCACCGCCUCCGCAGCGGCAGCACCAGCGAGCGCAGCAAAGGAACGUCGGGCCGUCGUCGUCGUCUUCCUCCUCCUCCUCGUCCGCGUCGCAGAGCUUCACGCAGUGGAGGCUGCCGGUGCACCAUCCGCCGCACGCGUCGGCGUCGGGGUCGACAUCCGCGUCCGCCAGCGGGGCGGGCGCCGGGGACGCGCUGCUGAGCGCGGAGGAGAAGUUCGCCACGGGGGAGGUGGUGGCGGCGCUGCGGACGGUGGAGCGGGAGAUGGAGGCCGCCGCGAGGCCGGUCCCCGCGGGGGUGGUGGCCGGGGUGGUCGCCGCGGUGCGGGAGCCCGCCACGGCGAGGCUCGCCGCCAAGGUGCUGCUCGUCGUGCUGCUGGAGGAGGGGAACAGGGAGACGGCCGUGGAGGCCGGCGCGGCGUCGGCGGCCGUGGAGGCUGUGGCGGCGUCCGGGCCGGCGGGGGCCACGGCCGAGCGCGCGCUGGCCGCGCUCGAGCUCCUCUGCACGGCCCUCGGCGGCGCACCGGCGGUGCGGAGGGAGGCCCUCGCGGCGCCGGUGCUGGCGCGGGCGGUCGAGGGGAUGGCCGGCCGCGGUCGGGAGUGCGCCAUCGGCGUCCUGGCCGCCAUCUACGGUGGCGGUGGCGGAGGCGCUGGCGGUGAGGACGGGGCCUCGUCCUCGCCGCCGCCGCCGGAGGUGGUGAAGGCGGUGGUGGCGGCGAUGCAGGGCGAGUGCAGCGCGCGUGGACGGCGCAAGGGCGCGCAGCUGCUGCGCGCGCUGCAGGAGGGCGGCCGCCUCGGGCUCGCGUGGGACGGCGUCGGCGAUCAGUGA